UACGCUCAAGAACAACUCAACCUUCACACAAAAUGGCUCUAGCAAGCUAUGGAAAAUGAUGAUAUUUGAGUGCAAUGAAAGUAUGAAUGUUGUGAAGUGAAUUGGUGAGAAAAGCAGACCCAAACACCCCUUUUUAUAGUGCCAAAAUAGGCUCCAACGGACCAAUGCAUUAAAGGGGUGAUUGGCUUGAUUUAUGGGAUUGAGUAAAUUUGGGAUCUGCAGGAUAUUGGCUUCCCAUCGAUGUUUGGAACUUACCCAUCGCUGGUGCCUUCCCAGCGAUGGUAGGAUCUACCCAUCAAUGGGAAGGUUGCCACUGGAAAGCGAGGAAGGACCCAAGGCUGCCUUCCCAGCGAUGUUUGCAUUUACCCAUCGAUGGGAAGUCGACAGGAAACCGCCAUCAUAUCCAGGCAGGCCCGAUUGUCACUCUGUGGCACGCGCCCUAGUUCCGGACAUCGUCAUCCCGGCCCUUUUUCCACUAGAGUCUAGUGUGCGGCCAAUCUCUACUAAGUCCCUUAUUCAUAUGGGAUUCGGGAAGAGACCCUGCGACACUACAUACCAACCAGAUCAGGGCACGGGCAGUCCUUUAUACAUGCUGGAGAGCAUGCCUACAGAGGGAGCCUCUUCUCCUUCAGUUCCACGUCCCUUACCUGCUACGUUCGAUGAGUUGACUGCUGCUUUUGGUGAUCUUCGGACAUCGAUUGACUCACGCUUCCAGCGUUAUGAGGAGCGGCGGACCGCCUUUGAGCGAACUCAGGAGACUCGCUAGAAGGAAACCCAGGAGCAUCAGCAGCGCGUUGAGUCCAGACUCUUAGAGCAGGGUACGCAGAUCGCCCAGAUCUUAGACUACAUGGAGGGGCGGCGGCCAGAAUAAAAUACAGGUUCCGAAUUAAGUUAAGUGGAUUUG